AUGGAUGACAUUAGUUUCGCUGCUCAGUGUUUGCUUAAAAAUGAAGAAACCACCACCUCCAACACAAAAUCUUCUUCGCACAUGAUUGCUCGCAUACUGACAGACCUCACCAGGACCAAGCAAGUGCUGGUGCCAGAGGUUCCCAGUGAUUCGGAGGGUUCCUUGACGAUAAAUGAAUACAGCGAUAAAGAGAAGAAGAGCCCCGCCUCCGAGACACUUAAAGAGAAGGCGGCAACGCCCCCUCCGGUGCAAAAGACCGAAGGGGUACCGCCCACUAAAAAGGCUAACGUCACUAGGGCUCAAAUAGGUACUCGGUUGGGAUCACAGGUCAGGAAGACUCACAAAUGUUCGUAUGGUGGUUGUCAAAAGGUUUAUGGAAAAAGUUCGCAUCUUAAAGCUCAUCUUCGUACACAUACAGUUAAGUUUGAUAAUGGAAUUCUAAAUAAAAAGUCUUGA